AUGGUAAAAAUUCAUGCAGCAAGAAAGCUUUACCUCUUUUAAAGACGAUGUUAAUCAGAAAGCCAAUAAGGCAAUCCAGAACUUCUUAGGCUCCAGAGAAUAUUCACAAGAUGAAGUGCAGGCCUGGACAGCUCAGCUUUCAGAAGAAAUCGUCAAAAUGCUCAAAGAUCAAAACAGCAACUUCAAGUAUUGUGUUUCGUGUGUCAUUUUGCAGAAAGGAGACGCUGGAAUGCAUAUGAGCUCCACUUGCUUCUGGGACAGCGCGCUUGAUGGAAGUGUAGCGAUUAAAUGGGAAAAUCCUUCAAUGUAUUGCAUUGUCAAUAUCUAUGGCAUCGCCUUCUAG